UCUAGGUUUCCAUAAUCCAAUAAAACCCCCCAACUAUUUCCCGCCUUUUUUUUAACCAGAGAACCCAGUAAGCCUAGCCAUUGCUGAGAAAUGUGGGUUUUCGCUGAAGCUGAUGACAAAGGAGUAAAAUUCGAAGAUGAGGAAGUUGAGAGAUGUGGAGAGUUGUUGUUUUGUGGUGGAACGAGUUGGGAUACCUUAGGUCGUAAAGGAUACUUACGAUCUCCUCAUGGAAAUUUGAUUUCUCCUACUCGAUUAAGACCUCUAAUUGGCGUUAACAUUCGUUAUGUUGCUGCUGGUUGCGUAUCUUUCCAUUGUGUUGCAUUGGAUGUCGAAGGUCGUGCUUAUACAUGGGGAAAAAAUACGAAGGGACAAUUGGGACAUGGUGAUAUGAUUAAUCGUGAUAGGCCGACAAUUGUAUUUGGACUAUCUGGACACAAAAUAAUCAAAGCAGGCGCUGGUAGAGCUCAUACAGUAGUGGUGACUGAUGACGGAAAGUCCUUUGCCUUUGGCUGGAAUAAGCAUGGGCAAUGUGGAACAGGUUCAACAAGGACUGAGUUCCUGCAGUCACCAGUUUCUAGUCAAGUUUCUGAAGUCACAAAUGUUGUUUGUGGAGGUGAUUUUACUGUGUGGCUGUCAUCUGUGGAGGGAUCGUCCAUACUAACUGCAGGUCUUCCACAGUAUGGUCAACUAGGCCAUGGGACAGAUAAUAUGUACAAUACCAAAAGUGCCUCUGUGCAGCUUGCUUAUGAAGCCCAACCUUGUCCAAAAGCAAUAGCCGCUUUUGCAGGGUCAACUGUUGUUAAAGUUGCAUGUGGAACAAACCAUACAGUUGCUGUGGAUUCUAAGGGUCUUGUUUACACGUGGGGUUAUGGUGGCUAUGGAAGGCUGGGGCAUUAUGAGCAGAAAGACGAAUGGACUCCUCGUGCUGUAAAUUUCUUCCUAAGGAAAGUUCUACCUCCCAAUGCAAUUGUGGCUGCUGGUGCUCAUAAUUCUGCAGUCACUGGCGGUGGAGGGCAAUUAUACAUGUGGGGAAAAAUGAAGGUUACUACAGGCGAUGAUUGGAUGUAUCCGAAGCCUCUUCUGGACUUAAGUGGCUGGAAUAUUCGUUGCAUGGAUUCAGGCGCCUCACACAAUUUUGUUGGUGCUGAACAGUCGUGUAUAAGUUGGGGUCAUGCUCUGAAUGGACAGCUUGGAUACGGUCCUGAGGGACCAAAAUCUACAAUGAAUCCCAAAAAAGUUGAUAUCCUUGAGGGUAUGCAUGUAAUGAGUGUCGCCUGUGGUUCAGUUUAUUCAAUGGUGGUGGUUGAUAGAACAAAUGCUGGUGAUAAGCUUGAUCAGCUUGAUGUUUAUGAGGGCAAACCUUUUGAAGAAGGGACUGCUGAACCCAAGGCUGAAAGUCCUGCACCAAAGAAAGCUGGUGCUAUUGCUUCAUACAAAAAAACGAAGAAGUCUAAAGAUUCGUCAGAGUCUGCUGAACCCAAGGCCAAAGGUCCUGCACCAAAGGAAGAUGGUGCUAAAGCUUCAUCCAAUAAAAGGAAGAAUUUUGAAGAUACGUCAGAAUCUGAAAAUGAAGAGGACGAGAGUGACAGCGAAAAUGGAUCAGAUGGUGAUGAGAACGGUCAUGUAGAAGAAAAAUAUCGUGGUGGUGGUAGUGCAGGAAAAAGUAGUGGUGCGAAGGAACCUGCGGCUGGAAAAGGCACCGGACGUACGAGAGGACGACUUCCUUCUGCAGAAAAGGAAAGCACGCAGCUGUUAGUGAGGAACUGGUGGAAAGAAAGGCAGGCCAAGAAAAGUCAUGAAGAGCACAAAACAAUAACAAAUUGGACAACAAGUCUUUGGCUUCACUAAUUAGGCAGGGUAGGGUCUUCUGAAAUCUAACUGGAUCGAGUCAUGCUGUUAGAAAACAUACUCCAGUGCUAAGAAGAUCCUGUGACACGAUCUUCAUUUUUGUAUAGAUGCGGCACAAGUUGGAAAUAUUGCAAAAUACAUGUGAAGAGAAAAAAUGGCUCGAGGCCCGUAACUAGACACCGAGUUCCAUUAAAUUUGAUUAUAGUUUGCCGUCGCCGUUAGUCCGGUGUUAUGCGGUGACAA